AACAAAAAAGUUUUUAAAUUUGUAACAAAUUCUAUUCACCCCCCUCUAGACUUUGUAUCUCACAACUUCAGGACCACCAAUUGGUAUCGGAGCAUACUUCUCACUAUCUACUUUUAGAUUAACAAGAAGCGAUCAUAAUGGUGAACAAUAUGGAUCACGGUUUGCCCAAGUUUUCUCUUCUAGGUUAUGAUGAUUGGAAGAUCAUGAUGGAAGCACAUCUCUACGCUCUACAUGAUUGCAUGUGGAUGGUGCUUGAGGAUGGACCCUUGAAAAUUCAAAUGGAGAACCUUGAGAGGAAUCCAGCUGCUCCAGAUGUAGUCCAGUACAUUCCAAAGCCCAAGGAAAAAUGGGAUGAUAGAGAUUGCAAAAAGCACAAUCUGGACAACGUCGCCAAAGCAACCAUCUUCAAGACACUUGAUCCCAUCACCUUCUCCAAGAUUAAGCAUCUCAAGACUGCCAUGGAGAUUUGGCAAGAAAAGAAUCUAAGGUUGCUGAGAUCACUUCCAACUGAGUGGUACACCAAAGCCACAGCCAUGGAAGAAGGAAGAAACCUGGAGAACUACACUGUUCAAGGUCUCCUUGAUGAACUCAGAACCUAUGAGCACGAGCUGAAGAAGAAGAAAGAAGAACAAGUCACUCCCUACCCCACGGCAUUGAUGACAACUCCAAGAAUCUCAUCAAGUGAAGGGACAUGCACAAGAAACUGUGACACACCUUCCUCCAGCCAGCCGACAAGCUCAAAAAUGGAGAACUACGAUGAGGAAUUUGCCAUGAUAGUCAAACAAUUCCGGAAGUUCAAGAAGUUCUUCAAGAAGGCCGAUUCAAUCAGAAGGUCAUCCAAGCGAAAGCCACAUGUAAGUGACUCCCCUCCUGAAUCUUAUUUAUGCUAUAACUAUAGGAAGCCUGGCCACUGGAAGUCAGCAUGCCCGUACCCAAAGGUGGAGAAGUACGGAGAAAGAGAAAGGAUCGAGAAGAAAAAGAAAGCAAUGGUUGCUGCUGAAAGUGACGAGUCAUCCAGCUCAAGCUCGGAUGAAGAAGCCCUCGUCUGCAUGGAGCGCAGACUUGGGAAGUCCAACCAUGAGGACAGGUGGACUAUGUUAGAAGAUGACUCUCUCUGCCUAAUGGCCAAAGAUGAUGCUGAUCAAGAGGUAACUUCACAAACCUCAUGCUCAUCUUCUUAUAGCAUACCAACCUCUGAAAAUAUUUUUGACCAGUUCAAAAAGAUGAUGAAAGAUUUUGAGGAGAUAAAUCUCAAACACUCAUCCUUAACAGAAGAGAACAAACUAUUGAGUGAAGAGAAUCUCAAGUUGACUGAAAGUCGGAAAAGUCAACUGAAUGAGAUCACUCAACUCAAGACUGAAAAUGAAUCUCUCUCUGAAAAGGUGAAAUCCCUUAACAAUGAGCUAGGGAUACUUAAGUCCCAAGAAGCAGUGAACAAGCUUCUUGAAACGACCAAACAAAAGGGUCGCAAAGGACUUGGCUUUGACCCCUCUAGUUCCAAAAGAAAAGGGAAAACAACUUUUAUCCCUCCUAAACCUACUGCCAAACCAAAUAAGCAGAAAGGGAAGGAAAAGAAGAAACCAACAGAAGUUCCCAAAAAGGAAGCCGCUAAGUACCCAGGUAUCUGGUACUUAGACAGUGGCUGCUCAAGACACAUGACGGGUGAUGCGAGCCUUUUGAGCAAUCUAAUUCCCUAUGAUGGUCCAAGAGUUACUUUUGGAGGAAGCAACGAUUUUGGCCUUACUAUAGGGCUAGGAAAUCUGGUGUACAAGGAACUAACCAUCCAAGCUAUAUCUUAUGUUGAAGGACUCAAUUACAACCUUCUUAGCAUAAGUCAGUUUUGUGAUAAAGGUUACUCCUUGGAAUUCUGCAUGGACAUUGCAUCUCUCAAGAACAUCUCCACAAAUGAAGUCAUUCUCACUGGGAAGAGAAUCAGAAACAUCUAUGAAGUGAUAUGGAACGAUGUCAAGGAAGCAUGUCUAAUCAGCAAAGGUGACACUAACCUUCUAUGGCCAUCAAAGCAUGAUCAUGAGAUUCUGGAUCUAUCUGACAAGGAUGAAGAAGUCAAUGAAAGAGAUAAAAUGAAGCCUACGGAAUUCAUUCCAUCCAGAAGUCUACCACUGAAGACUUCACAGAGAAAUCCGGAUUCAAACAGUGCUGAGCCUACCGGAAAUCUUGGCCAGCCUUCUAAUAUUCCGGAUCACUCAAACGGCGACAAUUCCGGAAAUGGCAACCCAGUGCAAAUCCAUCCGGAAACACCAACAACUUCUGUUCUUCAACCAGAAGCUGAACAAGAUCAACCAGUCAAUCCUAAUCAACACAAUCUUCGUUGGUUAAGGGAUCAUCCUCCCCAACAAGUCAUUGGAGAUAUUCAAUCUGGCGUUCGCACAAGAAGUGCUCAGCAGAAUCUAGAAGCUAUGCUUGCUUGUUUCAUCUCACAAGUGGAACCAAAGAAUAUUGAAGAAGCUCUAGCUGAUUCUGAUUGGAUCAAUGCAAUGCAAGAAGAACUCAACCAAUUUUCCACGAAGAAAACUCAUCUGAACAGCGACUACAAGCUAGUCCUUGAACUGGUCAUCGGAUGCCUCGAAUGUGGAAGUGGAGGACAUGCUGAUGACAUCACCCAAAAGAGGGCCUUCAUCAUCAAUGCCCUCAUUACCAAGUCUAAGGUAAAUUGGGCUGCUCAUUUCUUCAAUUCCAUCUCAAAGCAUCUGGGAAAACCCAACCAGAAAUACCUUUGUCAAGGUCUGUACAUUGGAGAUAUCUUGGAGUCCUUGGGUGCUGCUUCUAAAGGAAAGAAGGCGUUACACUAUCUGUCUUCCAAAGGGGAAAACAGAGCUAUUUCUAGCACAACUGCAGAGGAAAGUUCUUCAGACAAUGUCCUUAUCAUGAGUCUGAACAAAUCAGUAAAGAGGAAGCAAGUGGUGUCUCCCUCUCCCAAUGCUGAAGCACCACAAAAUCUUGCUCCAAUCAAUCUUGAAGAAGAAGAAGAAUUCUCUGACCAAGGAGAACUACAAAGGAAAAAGAAGAGGAAAAUCACCUCUCCCUCAACAUCUGGAUAUGUCAAUCUGGAUGAGUUGAAGGAGAAGGAACCAACUGAGGAAACCUCUGCCCACAACCGGACAGAACAGCUGCUGAAUUGGGACCAGCAGCUGAAGAAUGAGAAGAUCAUCAAGAAAUGCUUAGAAUUUGAAGUGGAUGAUGAGGAUCCUGCAGUCUACAAACCAGUCUUCUUAAAAACCACAGAAGAUCAGGUGGUUCUCACUUCUGAAGCACAGGCUAACAUGGAAACAACAGCUGAGGAUUUCCAAAUAUUUCCGGAAACCUCAUCUGCCUUUGAAACUGUUCUACCUGAAGCUGCAGUCUCUACUCCACAAAAACAGAACCAGGAAAGAUCAAAUGAAGAACUCCAGCAACUUCUCCAUUCUGAAGCUUUAGAGAUUCUCACAAAUCCUUGUGAGAUCACCAAUACUACUGAAACUGAGAUCCCGGAGAAGUCAGCAGAAAAUCUGGAGAUGUCCAAAACUCCAGAAACAAAUGAAGCUCGAGAAGAGCAAGCUGUAGAAGCGCAGAGAAGUUCUGCAGAAACUGAGAAGGAAACUCAAAUGGCAGAAAUGGAGGCCUCCAAAUCUCCAGUAACCAACUUCCAUUUUCAUAGCUCUUCCAUUCCUACUCUUCCGGAUGAGGUACCGGAAAUCUGGACAAAGAAGGUCCAAGGGUUGAUUGAAUCAGCCCUAGCAUCUCAACAUGCCUCCUUUAGGCAAGAGAUAGAGCAGAUGGAAGCCAGGCACAACAAACUGAUUGAGAAAUCCGAAGAGACACACUGCUCCAAUCUCAAGGAGAUAAGCAAAUCAGUGGAUAAAACUCUAGAGAUCUUAUCUCUAUUGAGUAACACUGUGAGCAACACGAUGGAGACAUAUGCAUCUGACAACUAUCUUCAACUCAAAGAGGUUAGCAAAAUCAGAGAGCAAAUAGCAAAUGUCACAGUCAGUCUACAAAAACAAAUGUCCAUUCUCCAAAUGGACAUCAGAGCCGCUCUGGCAGUAUCUUUAGCAAAUCAAGUAGUAACCAAAGACUACUUGAAGGUAAUCAUUGACAAUCAGAAGGAAGCACACAAACUAUUCAGACUUCUUACCACAAAUUCUGGAAAUCGCAAGUUGAAAGUGGUUCUUCAACAACACAGUCCAUCCUUGAUUCCAGAGCUCCCCAUUGCAGUCAAAGAAGGAGAAGUCUCUUACAUUCCUACGCAUCUAAACUUGACUGAUCUAGUCCUUGAAGCUCAGAGAAGCAAUCCGGAAAACUCAACACAGCGCUUAUCCAGCUUCGGAUUGGAUGGAACAGAGGCUGACCACCAGAUAACCUACAAAACGCUAAGGGAUAAUGGUGCAGAAUUGUUCCUUGGGGAUCGCAUCGGCGAACCCCAAAUUGCAUGGGACUGGAUCGAGCAGACUGCUAGAGUGUUGGAGGAUCUCAACGUACCCAUGGACAACUAUCCUCGACUGGCUUCUCGACUGCUACGCAAGGAAGCCUACGAGUGGUGGAAGAGGACCGAUGAAAGUGCAGGAACCCCUAAGCCGUGGACAUGGGCACAUUUUGAAUGGGCAUUCAACCAAGAAUAUAUUCCGAAACGUUUUAGCGAAGAAAGACGUAAGGAAUUUGUCAAACUGGAACAGGGAGACAUGACACUCCCUGAAUACCAUCAACCUUGGCAAACAAUGCCAGUUCAAGCACUCAUCGUCCCAUCAGCUCUGCCUCAAAAGGGAAAAGGCCAUUCCAGGAGUCUAGCAGUUCGCACUUCUCAAAGAAAGGGAAAUCGAUGCAAACACACUCUGCAGCAUCGGAGAACAAAUCAAAAGGGUGGAAACACCCAAUGUGUGACAAAUGCGGAAGACACCACCCUGGGGAGUGUUGGUUUACUCAAGGGUUAUGUCUCGACUGUGAAAAGCCUGGACAUUUCCGAAAGAACUGCCCUACGAAUCCCGGUGAACCAUUUCCACCUGCCCCCAUUGCUAACCAGUCAGCAUCAGCACGACCUGCACCAAGUCAACGGUAAACUGCGGGAUCUAAUCCUGCCAAAAGUCAAAACCAACAGCAAGGACGAGCUCCUGCUUGUACCUAUGCCAUGAAGGCUCGAGCUAAGGAAAACCCUGACGUCAUUCAGGGUAUGUUUUCCUUAUUUGAUACUGACAUACAUGUGUUGAUAGAUUCCUUGCCAAUCUUGUUGAAUUACCGUACAAGGAAUUCGAUAUCAUCCUUGGAAUGGAUUGGCUCAUCGAGCACCAAGCAGUUAUUGAUUGCCGACGACGAAUGAUUCAACUGAAAACUAAAGAGGGAAAUUCUAUUUAGGUGAAAGAAAAGUUAACUCCUAAACCAACUGAGUUCAUCUCGUACAUACACGCGAGACGUCUCAUUCGAAAGAAAUGUGAGGCUUAUCU